UGGGGCCGCACAGGGAACAGUGAUGAGUGCAGGCUCCCUGCUGGAUCCUCUGGUACCCCCAGGCACCCCGUUUACGGAGCUCAGAGGCCCCAGACGCCCCCCCCCCAUGCCUCCCAAGUGUCCCUUCUCUGCUCAAAGGGCAGUGGCUGUGACGGGGCUCCCGGGCACAGGGUGCGCCAUGGCCUGGCCCAGCUCCUCAUGCCCCCGGUCUCCACCCGACAGCCACCCGCCUGCCCCUGCCAUGGAGACCUUCUUUAGGAGACACUUCCAGCGGAAGGCACCAGGCCCCGGAGAGGGGCAGAGGCGGCCUGGCGGCGUGGGGCUGCCCACAGGCAAGGCCCGGCGCCGCUCGCCUGCGGGGCAGGCCUCCUCCUCACUGGUCCAGCGGCGCCGCUUCAGUGCACAGCUCCAGGGCUGCUUCCUGGGCUGCAGGGUGGGGGCCCCGCGCUCCAGCCGCCGGCGCUCCAGCACCGCGCCCCCUGCCUGCAACCCCCGCUUCACCGUGGCUGAGGUGCCCGCCCUGCAGCCUGCAGCUGUUGGGGCCCCGCGUCUGGGCACACCCCUGCUGUUGGCCAGGCUCGUGGGCGUGGAUGGGGAGGAGGGGGUCCAGGAGGAGGAUGUGACGGUUGCGUCGUUGGCGGCCAUCCAGCCAGGCACCAAGAGGCCGGGGCCAUCCCCGCAGCGGGGAGCCGUGCCCCUGCUACCCGUUCCCCGCUGGCGCCGGCGCCGGGCCUCCUCCCACCUGCUGCCCGCUGACGUGGUGAAAGACCGCGCUCUCUGGGGCCUGCACGGUUACUACCGGCCCCUCAGCCAGCAGCGGCCCUCAGGCCAGCACCUCAGCCUGGGGGGCCGAAGAGCCUCGGGCACCGCAGCUGGCCCCAGGAUGCCUGUCUGCGUGCGCCCGCUGUCCCGCAGACGCCAGGUAGCCCUGCGGCGCAAGUCAGCCGGACCCCAGACCUGGAGUGCCCUGCUUGCGAAAGCCAUCACCAAGUCAGGCCUCCAGCACCUGGCACCCCCUCCUCCAGCUCCCGGGGCCCCACGCAGUGAGCCUGAGCGGCAGAUCCGGAGCACUGUGGACUGGAGCGAGUCAGCGACGUAUGGGGAGCACAUCUGGUUUGAGACCAACGUGUCCGGGGACUUCUGCUAUGUUGGAGAGCAGUACUGUGUAGCCAAGAUGCUGAAAUCAGUGUCCCGGAGAAAGUGCGCAGCGUGCAAGAUUGUGGUGCACACCCCCUGCAUUGAACAGCUAGAGAAGAUAAAUUUUCGCUGUAAGCCAUCCUUCCGUGAAUCAGGCUCCAGGAAUGUCCGUGAGCCAACCUUUGUGCGGCACCACUGGGUACACAGGCGACGCCAGGAUGGCAAGUGUCGGCACUGUGGGAAGGGCUUCCAGCAGAAGUUCACCUUCCACAGCAAGGAGAUCGUGGCCAUCAGCUGCUCCUGGUGCAAGCAAGCAUACCACAGCAAGGUGUCCUGCUUCAUGCUGCAGCAGAUCGAGGAGCCGUGCUCCCUGGGGGUCCACGCCGCCGUGGUCAUCCCACCCACCUGGAUCCUCCGUGCCCGCAGGCCCCAGAAUACCCUCAAGGCAAGCAAGAAGAAAAAGAGGGCAUCCUUCAAGAGGAAAUCGAGCAAGAAAGGGCCUGAGGAGGGCCGCUGGAGACCCUUCAUCAUCAGGCCCACCCCGUCCCCCCUCAUGAAGCCCCUGCUGGUGUUCGUGAACCCCAAGAGUGGGGGCAACCAGGGCGCCAAGAUCAUCCAGUCCUUCCUCUGGUAUCUCAAUCCCCGGCAAGUCUUUGACCUGAGCCAGGGAGGGCCCAAGGAGGCGCUGGAGAUGUACCGCCGGGUGCACAACCUGCGGAUCCUGGCCUGCGGGGGCGAUGGCACGGUCGGCUGGAUCCUCUCCACCCUGGACCAGCUGCGCUUAAAACCACCGCCGCCCGUCGCCAUCCUGCCCCUGGGCACCGGCAACGACUUGGCCCGCACCCUCAACUGGGGUGGGGGCUACACCGAUGAGCCCGUGUCCAAGAUCCUCUCCCACGUAGAGGAGGGCAACGUGGUGCAGCUGGACCGCUGGGACCUCCGUGCUGAGCCCAACCCUGAGGCGGGGCCUGAGGAGCGAGAUGAGGGGGCCACCGACCGGCUGCCGCUGGAUGUCUUCAACAACUACUUCAGCCUGGGCUUUGAUGCCCACGUCACCCUGGAGUUUCACGAGUCUCGAGAGGCCAAUCCAGAGAAAUUCAACAGCCGCUUUCGGAAUAAGAUGUUCUACGCCGGGACAGCCUUCUCCGACUUCCUGAUGGGCAGCUCCAAGGACUUGGCCAAGCACAUCCGCGUGGUGUGUGACGGGACCGACCUGACCCCCAAGAUUCAGGACCUGAAACCCCAGUGCAUUGUUUUCCUGAACAUCCCCAGGUACUGUGCGGGCACCAUGCCCUGGGGCCACCCUGGGGAGCACCAUGACUUCGAGCCCCAGCGGCACGAUGAUGGCUACCUCGAGGUUAUUGGCUUUACCAUGACAUCCCUGGCAGCACUGCAGGUGGGCGGGCACGGCGAGCGGCUGACGCAGUGCCGAGAGGUGCUGCUCACCACGUCCAAGGCCAUCCCAGUGCAGGUGGAUGGUGAGCCCUGCAAGCUCGCAGCCUCACGCAUCCGCAUCUCCCUGCGCAACCAGGCCACCAUGGUGCAGAAGGCCAAGCGGCGGAGCACCGCCCCCCUGCACAGCGACCAGCAGCCGGUGCCGGAGCAGCUGCGGAUCCAGGUGAGCAGGGUCAGCAUGCACGACUACGAGGCCUUGCACUAUGACAAGGAGCAGCUCAAAGAGGCCUCCGUGCCGUUGGGCACCGUGGUGGUCCCGGGAGACAGCGACCUGGAGCUGUGCCGCGCCCACAUCGAGAGGCUCCGGCAGGUGAGGAGAGGUCUGGGGCCUCCCCGGGCUGCCCCUCCUGCCCUGGGUUCUGGUCGCCCCCAGCCCCGGCAUCUGUUUCGACAGGAGCCCGAAGGUGCUGGAGCCAAGUCUCCGACGUGCCAGAAACUCUCCCCCAACUGGUGCUUCCUGGAUGCCACCACUGCUAGCCGCUUCUACAGAAUCGACAGGGCCCAGGAACACCUCAACUACGUGACCGAGAUCGCACAGGAUGAGAUUUAUAUCCUGGACCCUGAGCUGCUGGGGGCGUCUGCCCGACCCGACCUCCCAACCCCCUCUUCCCCUCUCCCCACCUCGCCCUGCUCACCCAGGCCCCGGUCACUGCCAGGGGAUGCUGCACCCCCUACAGGUGAAGAGCUGAUCGAGGCUGCCAAGAGGAACGAUUUCUGUAAGCUCCAGGAGCUGCACCGAGCCGGGGGUGACCUUAUGCACCGAGACGAGCAGAGCCGCACGCUCCUGCACCACGCCGUCAGCACCGGCAGCAAGGAAGUGGUCCGCUACCUGCUGGACCACGCCCCCACAGAGAUCCUUGAUGCUGUGGAGGAAAACGGGGAGACCUGUCUGCACCAGGCCGCAGCCCUGGGCCAGCGCACCAUCUGCCACUACAUCGUGGAGGCCGGGGCCUCUCUCAUGAAGACAGACCAGCAGGGCGACACUCCCCGGCAGCGGGCUGAGAGGGCUCAGGACACGGAACUGGCCGCGUACCUGGAGAACCGGCAGCACUACCAGAUGAUCCAGCGGGAGGACCAGGAGACGGCUGUGUGAGGCCGACCCGCAGCAGGAGGGACGGGCCGCCAGGGGACCAGCCCCUCCUCGCCCACCUCACUGCCACAUUCCAGUCGGAUGGCCACAGAGGGACCCGAGACCCAGGCCCCAGGGAAGGAGCCCUGUGCUGCUCACUAGGAGCUGCCCAGACCUAGGGCUGGACUCUGAGGAGCUGGGAGCCAGGGUGGGGGGUGGGGGGUCUCACCCGGCCCCCUGAGGCCACAGCCUAACCCAGAGGCUCACAGGGGACCAGGAAACUGGACUGGGCUGGGCAGACCAUUGUGGGGGGCUUGGGGGGGCCCUCACCUUCCCUGCAGUGGUGCCCUGGAGUUGAGGGCCCACAGCCCGGAGGGCAGAGGGCCUUGAGGCCCCGUGAGGGAGCCCCCAGGAAGACGCUUCCUAAGCCUCCGCGUCCUUUAGGACCCUCAUUCUGAGGCUCCUGGGAGCUUGGGCCCCUCUCCCGCCCUGACACCACCCCCCCACCCCCGCCCCCAGGGCUUCUUCCCGGAAACACGGAGCCUGCUGCAUCUGCCUGCCCGCUGCCCUGCUUAGCACCUACCCGGUGACCCUCCUCCCAAACCCAGUCAUUUCACCUCCGACUGUGUGGCCUGGGGGGCGGGGGGCGGGGCUUUCACGGUGACAUGUUUACAGCUGGGUGUGACUCAGUAAAGUGGAUUUUUUUUCCUU